GCCAACAGAAACGCAUGGCGUCUUGACCGAGGCGCACGUUCCGUUUUUGAUUUUGUUUCUAUUUCGUUUUCAAACUUUAGAAUAGAUCGCGAUCGGAGAUUUAUAUUUUUUUUUUAAACACAAGAACAUCAUUUGUGCCAGUUAUUUUGAAAUGUCAAGGUGCUUUAACUGCCUUUUUGGUGUCGCCAAAAGUUUUUAAGUGAUCUUUUUAGACUAUAGAGAAGUGGUAGUGUUUUUUUUUUAAGUAUAAUGAAUGGUGUUGUGAUCGAAACGGAGCGAAUGGACCCAACAGUUGUUGUUGACAAACACUCUGCUGUGGAUGUGUCUAAUGGAGCGAACAGAGAACACGAGAGCAGAUGGCCCGCCGCGGACAACAAUAGGCUAUCAACAUACACGGCGACCGGUGAUCGGUCGACUUUACUCAAAUCGCACGCGGCCAAGUCUGCGGAAUGCAGCGGGCAGGGCUCGCCGCGACCUCGACGCUUGCCGCGGGAGUCAAGGCGCGUCUCCCUCGCGCAGGUCUCCGGCUACGUGCAGCUCAACCAGUAUCGCCUGCUCGAGCCUAUUGGACAGGGUUCAUACGGCAUCGUGAAGUUAGCUUACAAUGAAGAAGACGAUACCCACUACGCAAUGAAAAUUCUGUCAAAACGCAAGCUGAUGCGGCGAGCCGGUUUGUUCGGCAGGACGCCCCCCAGACGACCGGGGCCGGGCCCCCCGCCGGACCCCCUGCAGCGGGUUUACCGGGAGAUCGCCGUGCUCAAGAAGUUGGACCACCCCAAUGUUGUUAAAUUAGUUGAGGUAUUAGACGAUCCCGCGGAAGACCAGCUGUACUUGGUAUUCCAACUGCUAGAAGGAGGUCCCGUCAUCGACAUACCUACGGACAAUCCACUGAGCGAACAUCUCGCCAGGAAAUAUUUUAGGGAUGCUGUCCUCGGCGUGGAAUAUUUGCACUAUCAGCGGAUCGCCCAUCGAGACAUCAAGCCCGCCAACCUGCUACUUGGCGACGGUCGAGUACAGGUGGCAGAUUUGGGGGCAUGCGGCGAGCUUGCCGGCGGUGGUGGCAGAUUGUCCGGCGCGGUUGGCACCCCUGCUUUUAGAGCGCCGGAGGCCACGGCACAGGCUGACAAAUAUGUUGGAGAGGCGGCAGACAUCUGGUCGUUAGGCGUAACCCUGUUCGCGAUGGUAACAGGCCGAGUGCCGUGGGUGGGGCCCACAGCGAACGAGCUCCAGCGACGGGUGCUGGAAGAACCCCUCGCCUUCCCUCAAAGACCACAGCUAUCACAAAGUUUGAAGCAUUUACUCAGUAGAAUGCUUGACAAAAAUCCUACAACGAGAGCCACUAUGCAAGAAAUUAAGGAACACGAGUGGGUGACCGACGGUGGUAGAGAGUCGCUCCCGUCCGAGCAAGAGAACUGCCGACUGGUGGAAGUCACCGAAGAGGACAUGGCGCGCGUCGUCACCUCCAUACCGAAUCUGUCCACUCUGAUACUUAUCAAGACUAUGCUCAAAAAACACAGUUUUCAGAACCCGUUCCUGCGCAGCCGGGAGGGCAGCGCGGUGCGGCGCGAGAGCGGCGACUCUACGAGCGAGGCGGGCGGCGUGUCCGGCGUGUCCGGCGUGUCCGGCGUGUCCGGCGUGUCCGGCGUGUCCGGCGCCGGCAUGGCGGCGGGCGCGGCGGCGGCGCGCCGGGCCGGCCUGGCCCGCGCCGGCCGUUCGCUCUCCGCGCCCGGGAACUACCUCACGCACAGACAGCAAUCAUUCGACAUCGGACUGGAGUCAGUCGUGGAGUCGCGCGACCAGAGCCAAGAGCAGAAGGAACAGAAGGAACAGAGGGAACAGAGAGAACAGCAAGAGCAGAGGGAGCAGAAGGACAAGAGCCCCGAGCGGCAGUCCGCGCGGUGAUACGCCUCGCGCGGCCCCGCGCCGCCCGCCUACUCUACCACUGCUACCAACUACAUAAUAAUAAACACCUCCGUCUCCUCUUGUGGUUAUAGGCAGUUGUAGACAUGCGCCACGCCACCGGGGACCACGAGGGACAGUCCUCGGAACACACGCACACACAUGUGCACCUACAAACGUACCAGUGUAACGUCUCUGACAUAUGCACACUGACUGUGACUGUGUGCUGUUGUAUGUGUGUGGGCGUGUGCACAUAGAUAUACAUAUAUGAGUGUGUGUAUGUGUGUGUGUGUGUGUGUGCAUACAUAUAAGUACACUCGUGUAUGCGUAGAUAAAACGUCGACUGUUUAUAAAAAUCAUGCUAAAUAUUAGUACUACGAAUUCUACUCGGACAAGGAUGUCUCCCUCCAGUGUCCAAUACACGUAUUUCUGGCCCGUAUAAUGUCAGAUAAUGUUAAAUCAGGCCUAACGCGGGGAAACAGGGUGUAAGGCGACCAGAGUACAGCACACUAAAAGCACUCCCUCAAAGAAUUUAAUGAACUUUUGAAAUAGUUGAGCUUUGCAACUCGACGAAAAAUGUCCUAAAAAUGACCUCGGUCGAGUCAAUGUAAAAUAAACAAGAGAAUUUAAAUUGAGUGAAAUCUUUUUUAAAAGUCAACGCUUACAAUAUCUCGAGGACUGUCCCACGUCAGCACAGAUCCUUGAGUUCCAUUGGUGAGAAAGAGAUGGAAGAACCUGAAACUAGUCAAGUCAUUCUGAUAAUAUUUUUUAAUAUUCCACAAUCAUUUGUGUGUAUAUACUUAAAUAUAUAUAAAAUUUGACAUUUACGGUUUCGUAUUUGUAUAUUUAUUUCUAUAUAUGAAUAUAGAGAUAUUUACAGUGAAGUGAGAUUCAAACGUACUUACACACUUGUAACAAAAAAUGUAAUCACAGGGUGUUAUCAAUUUUAUCGAUUCGUGUGUAUCUAAUUUUUGUACACCCUGUAUUUUAAAAUAUGCAUUUCAGCAUCGAGAAAGCGUUUUAAAGUCUUAGUUUUAAAUGGGCUAAGGGUAGGUUUGUAACGUGUUCUUAAAUAAAGGUCUGCGCUCACUUAACAUUGCGUCAAUGCAAAAAGACAUCGACGUUUGUAAGUUUAAAAUAAUGUUAAUAAAAUUAAAAAAAAAAAAUAAGAAAUUUUAUAUGGGAUGAAUUGUGUCGUUUCAUACUGCAGUAUGUCCCCAUACUUACCCAUUAUAUUAUUCCCCCAUAGUAGCUAUGAUAUCUAUCAAUCAUACAACGAAGGACAUCGUUUUCAGCGAUAACGCCUCCAUUGUUUUCUCUGUGUGAUCUAUUACUUGCAACUUUUGAUGGGGAUUAUAAACAAUAGAUACUCCAUACUAUAUUGUUUUAUGGUAUUACAGCUUAUCUCACCAACUUUACUAAUAUAAUAAAAUUGUAACUACACAUGCGAGAUAUUUAACAAUAAAUUCACAUGAGAAAAAAUGCCAGAUCAAUAUUUUUUACAAUCUUUCUAUCUAUGUGUAUAUUUCUUGUGACGUCACGCAAAAAUUAUUGCAACGAAUUGCAUUCGGUUUUCACGGUAGUAUUUCUGAAGGUCUAAUUUAAAAUCUGAUAUGUGUUUUAUCUUGAUACAUUAUCCAGAAAUGAUCCACUUCAUUGGUACGAAGUAGCGGGCAAGAAGCUGAAGCUAAUUAUAAUAUUUCUCUUUUAAAUAAAAAAAAAAGAGUUCAUAAAAAAUAUACGACUUCACUUUUACAUACAAAGAAAAUGUUAACCAGUUACAUUAAUAAUAAAGUUUUUUAAUAUUAAUUAAUAAAAUAAAAUUUUAAAUAAAAAUCCAGUGUGUUGUUAAAACACACUACAAAUUGUUUACUUUAUUUUAGUACAUAUUGAUUUUGCAAUAAACAUCAGCGUCGGGAAUUGCACUCGUAUGAAUCUCACGGGAAUUUACUUAAUUGAUUACCUUGUGUUCCCUCCAAGCGAAUGUAUUGUUAGUUCGAAGACAAUGAAUUAGUUUUACUCCCUCAUUUUCCAAUUAUAGCGUAUUAACUUUUUUCUUUAAAGUCUUCUCUCAUAAAUUAUAUAUAUUUUUUUUUUUGUAUUUUGUCGUGCAAACAAUGCAGGCAAUGAUUUGUCCAUGGAUAUGUCAUAAGUUUUUUUUUUUUUAACAAUAUAAAUUAAUCAUUAAAGUACUCUCGUUUAAUGCUAAUAACAAUAUUUGUUGUGUUGUUGAAACUUAAUCAAAUAUAUAUAUAUAUAUAUAUAUAUAUAUAUAUAUAUAUAUAUAUAAAUGAAUGAAUUACCAAAUGUAUGUAAGCGUAUCACUUCAGAACAGCUGCACCUAUUUGGUUAAUUCUUUUUUGUUGUUCGUAAUUGUCAGGACAAGAUUUGUAUAAAAACAAUUUUUAAAAACAUCUUAUGGAAAAAUUUGAGUUAAAAUAUCUUUAUAUAAAAAAAUGAGUGUAAUACGGAAAAUAUUUUUUUUUAAUGGAUGAUAAUGGAAUGUUAACCCCAUCUGCGCUAUCGGUUUACACUGGCGGGGCACCAAUGAAGGGUGAUAAGUGAAGAUAAAGCAGGUCAGUUAGCUCAUCAUGACGAAUCUAACAAUAAAUAAAUCACGAUGGUUUCCAGGGGGAACCACGGGGAGGUCGACCUGACAGGGUAAAUUGCUAGCAAUGAGGCUACUAACCCCAUUACUAACAAUCCCUUCACCCCCAAAUACGGAAGAUAUUAAAUAGAUUUAAUAAAAAUGACAUAUUGACGUCAUCAUUAGUACACCAGUGCGAAAUCGGGACAGACAACUAGAAUUGAAUAAAGGGACAGUGAGUUCAGACCUUUAUUUUUUAAUUUAUGUUUGUAUUAAAUAGUUUUUAAUUGUACUUGAUGUUUAAAAAUGUACUGCAAUCAAUUUCGAUGAUUAUUUUUUAGAACAACACAAAAUAUAAUAAUACUCACCUUCCAUCAGGUGAGCCGUCAGCUUGUUUGCUAUUUUUUGGUGCAUUUAGAAAAUCUCAUACGUUUCAAGUUCUGUCGUUAAAAGAAAAAAAAAAUUUUU